CUGUUCUGUUUGCACGCAGGCCCUAGCUGCAGUUCGUGGUAUCGGUGCCGGGGCAGGGGCAGGCUCAGGCUCAGGAGCGAGAUGCUCGGCUCCAAGUUGUUGUGACGAGCUUGCUGCUUCAGGAGACAGCAUAGGGAGUGAUUCAUGUGCGGGGGCUGCUUGUGUUAAUUUCGAUUGGAUUACGACGCCACCGGCAUAGGGCAUAGAAACCAUAUCAGUUGGUGGAUUGAUCGCCAAGUCCGGAACAAACAUGGGUGGUUCCCAAUCGUCCUUGCUGCGCUUGCGAAGCCACAAGACAACGCCGCCUGCUAUAAUGGCGAGAAGGACCAACCCACCUAUCACGCCUCCAACCACGGGUCCAACAAUGCUGCGACGAGGAGAUGAAGGUGAACCUGUUUCUGCCGGGGAUGAUGGAGGUAUGACAAUCGAUUGUUGUGGCAAUCUGAAGGAAAUGUUACCAAACUCUGACAAAAAUCAAUUCACAACCCAAGCGCACUCACCUCAGAGCGAGCGGCGCGUACAUAGCGCCCAGUGCUGGGCUGUGACAAGUACCAGACGUCAAUAGCAACGCCAUUCAAUGCAAAGCUUCACGGACCUAGAUGCGCCAUUUUUCUGGACGGGACUAUUCCCGUUGU